AAGGUGCCUCCAACAAAAUGUAUGAAUGUACAUGUUCCCAUGUUACAAUCAAUAAAGAGUGUUGUUUAUUCUCAAACAAUCACACUGGUGAGAGAAUGGAGGUUACACCCUUUAAUAGUGGCUCAGAUUUGGGAUCUAUUUGGCAAGGCGCAAAUAGAUCUUUUUGCUUCCAGGGUAAAUACUCACUGCCCCCUGUUCUUCUCCAUAAUCGACCACGAUGCACCCUUGGGCUUGGACGCGCUAGCGCACCAAUGGCCAGACGUGCUCCUGUAUGCAUUUCCCCCAGUGGAAAUGAUAUCUCCAGUUCUAGAGAGAGUGCGUCGGCAUUCCCUCUCUCUGAUUCUAGUGGCCCCUUGGUGGCCCACAAGGUCGUGGUAUGCAGAGAUAAUCAGCCUGCUAGCAGCGAGUCCUUGGCAGCUUCCUCUCCGCAGGGAUCUCCUCUCUCAGGCGGGAGGAGAAGUGUUUCAUCCGCGCCCAGAUCUGUGGCGCCUUCAUGCUUACCUGCUGAGAGGCUAAACUUGAUUGCUAAGGGUUUGCCACCUAGUGUGAUAGCGACAAUCCAGAGCGCUAGGGCCUCAUCUACUAGAGGCUUGUACGCUUACAAAUGGCGAGCCUUCGAGCAAUGGUGCCAGGACCGCCACACUCUCCCAUUUCAGUGCUCUAUUGUAGAUGUUUUGACAUUCCUGCAGGAGCUGCUGGAUAAGGGCCUUUCAUUUUCGACAAUUAAGGUUUAUUUAGCAGCUAUAUCUGCUUGUCAUAUUGGCUUUGACGGGGUGACACCAGGUGCACAUCCCCUCGCCAUACGUUUUCUGAAAGGGGUUCGCCGGCUGAGACCCGUGCUUAAGUCCAGUGUCCCUGCUUGGGACUUGUCUUUGGUGCUGGAGGCCCUUUGUAGCCCCCCGUUUGAACCCAUCGAGUCUGUGGAUAUGAAAUUUCUUUCAUAUAAGACUGCAUUACUUCUCGCUUUGGCUUCGGCAAAGCGAGUGGGUGACCUUCAUGCGCUGUCCGUGCAUCCCGCCUGCACACAGUUUUCUCCUGAUGGCCACAAGGUCGUAUUGCGUCCAAAUGCUGCCUAUUUUCCCAAGAUCAUGCCUGCAUCUUAUAGCUCAAUGGAGUUUGAGUUGCUGAGCUUUUGCUCCCCUCCUUUUGCAUCUGAGGAGCAGAGGAGGAUGCAUUCUCUUUGUCCAGUGCGUGUGCUAUGCACCUACAUUGAGCGCACUCAGAAUGUGCGUUUAUGUGACCAGCUGUUUGUCUGCUUCGCCAAUCCAAAUAGAGGUAGAGCUCUGUCCAAACAGAGGCUGUCCCACUGGAUUAUAGAAGCUAUCUCACUGGCAUACGGCACCAGAGGUCUUGCUUUGCCCCACGGGGUGAGAGCUCAUUCCACCAGGGGGAUGGCAACCUCAUGGGCUCUUUUUAAAGGGGUGCCUGUAGCUGAUAUUUGUGCGGCAGCUAGUUGGGCAUCACCGCACACUUUUGUGCAGUUUUAUCGGUUGGAUGUUACAGCCCCUUCGGUGGCUCAUACUGUCCUUUCUGCUGGGUCUACCACUCACUAAGGAAGUGGUGGCCCGAUUCCGGUUCGGUGGCUGCUCUGUGGGGCGUGUAUAUAUGUCCCAUACUUAUGUGUUG